CGCUGCAAGGACCGCUUGAACUCCCUGGCCAUCUCUGUCAUGAAUCAGUGGCCAGGAGUGAAGCUGCGGGUGACAGAGGGCUGGGACGAGGACGGGCACCACUCGGAAGAGUCACUGCAUUACGAGGGCCGAGCCGUGGACAUCACGACCUCGGACCGGGACCGCAACAAGUACGGCAUGUUGGCUCGCCUGGCCGUGGAGGCUGGCUUUGACUGGGUCUACUAUGAGUCCAAGGCGCACAUCCACUGCUCCGUCAAGUCAGGUAAGACCGGG